AUGGGUAAAUUGAUGCUCAAAGUGGGUCAUUUCAAUCAAGCUCAAGAACUCUACAAUGAAUUACUCGAGAAUGCCUCUAUUGAUAGCAAUAGAGCACAUAUCUAUCAUCAGCUUGGAUGGUUGAAAGACGAUCAAGACAAAUACCCCGAAGCAGCUAAAUUCUACGAAAAAUGCCUCGAAAUCUAUCGGAAAACUCUUCCAGAAAAUGAUGUUUCAUUAGCUUUUACUUAUGGUAACAUCGGUCUAGUGUAUAAAAACAUGGGUGAAUACUCGAAAGCACUUGAAUUUUACGACAAAGCAAAUAAAAUCAAUUAG